CGGCCUCCAUCGGCUCCGCUCGGCCCUGCCCGGCUCCACCCCGACUGGCCCCGCCCCGACUCGGCCUCGCUCGGCUCCACUCGGCCUCGCUCGGCCCUACCCUGCCCGGCCCCGCUCGGCCCGGCCCGGCCCGGCCCGGCUCCGCUUUGCUCGGCCCGGCCCGGCUCGGCUCCGCUCGGCUCAAAUCGGCCCCGCUCAGCGCGGCCCAGGCCGGCCGGCACCAUGCUGGCGCUCUUCAACAAGCUGCUGGACUGGUUCCGGGCGCUGUUCUGGAAGGAGGAGAUGGAACUGACCCUGGUGGGGCUGCAGUACUCGGGCAAGACCACCUUCGUCAACGUUAUCGCGUCAGGACAGUUCAAUGAGGACAUGAUCCCGACGGUGGGUUUCAACAUGAGGAAGAUCACCAAAGGGAAUGUUACCAUAAAGCUCUGGGAUAUCGGGGGACAGCCGCGGUUCCGCAGCAUGUGGGAGCGAUACUGCCGUGGAGUGAGUGCCAUUGUGUACAUGGUGGAUGCUGCUGACCAGGAGAAGAUAGAGGCCUCUAAGAAUGAACUGCACAACCUGCUUGACAAGCCCCAGCUCCAGGGCAUCCCGGUCCUGGUCCUGGGGAACAAGAGGGACCUGCCCGGUGCCUUGGAUGAGAAGGAGCUCAUUGAGAAGAUGAACCUCUCUGCCAUCCAGGACCGAGAGAUCUGUUGCUAUUCCAUCUCCUGCAAAGAAAAGGACAACAUUGACAUCACCCUACAGUGGCUUAUCCAGCACUCGAAGUCCAGGCGAAGCUGAGGUCCCGUGGGCCUGGCUCGGAUGGGAAGCUGCCAUUCUCCAAGCCCAUGCCCCUCUCUCCUGCUCUGUCCCUCCAGCUCUCUCUCUAGAUGGGUAUUU